AAUGUGAGAGAGGCCUUUAGUUGCUUAGAAGUUACCCUGGGGUUCCUUGUGACCUCGCAGACUAUUACACAUCUUGCUCUGGAGUGAUCUUUUUUGGUCUCCACUCCUGGGGAGGGUAACAAUGGUCUUGAAUUUCCUCCAUUUGUAUACAGUUUAUCUGUGGAUUGGAGGAGUCCAAACUCUUUAGAGAUGGUUUUGUAAACUUUUCCAGCAUGAUGAGCGUCAACAACUCUUUUUUAGAGGUCAAAAUUGCAAUUGCAGGACGUUGUUUUGCAUGGACCUUCGCAGAGAUGUUUGUUGGUAAAUAAGACCUUUUAGCUGUACUCAUGUUCGACGUACAUACAUCUGCAUUAAUUUUGAAAAGUUGCAAGUUCUUCAGAAUAUUGUGGAACAUUGAAGAUUUUGCAGAGCCGGGAGGCUUCCAUGUCAGCGGCGGAGUCUUCCCAGCAGGCUUCACCAGCCAUCACUGGAAGCAAAAAGAUACACAGAUAAGUAGACUGCCAGUAAUAAGGCACAGAUAAGAAUCAUGACGCGUUACCUGCCAGCUCAAUCCGCCUCCUCUUCAUCCACACCUGAUGCUCGACCACGCCCACACCCAUAAUUUGUCAGUAAGUGUUUUAUGCACAUUUUGAUGUAUUUUUUUGUAUGUUUAAAGUUAUAUAACGUCAGCACCAUUUCUGUUCUGUUUCUGUGGGACUUUUAUUUUGAAACUCUUCAUGUUCUUAGCAUUAGGAGCCAUAUUGUUUAUGGUAUUAGUGCAGGGAAGAGCUGGUUCCUCUACUCAGAGCUUUAGAAUGUUUCAGUAGAGCUCCUCUGAGGAUAAAAGUUUUGGAGAGUGUUAAAGACGCCCCAAAAAGCUAAGUAGAAGCUCUUACUAGGAUUUCAAGAAACGUGUGAUGUACGUUAAAUCCUCUGUAAAUUCAUCAGUAAAGUUGUGCUGGUUCCUCUACAAUACGUCAGCAGCUUGAACUCCACACAGAGAAGCAGCAGGAACUUCAACAGUCAUGGGAUCAGAAGCGUUUGGUAGUCAGUAUUUAUAUGACCAUGAUGGGCAAACUGAGCUUGAGGACGCGUGUGAUGAGCUAACUCAACUAGAUUUAAAUGACAUAGAAAGUGAAACAGAUACAUGUGUGGAGAUUGAUGAGGAAAGUGAAAUGCAGGUUGUUCAAACCAAUCUGAGAUUAUGUAGGAUUAAAUAUUGUGAAGGCUGCACCAACCUUCACUUGUGCAAACUGUACCUGUUUGGAGAGUGCCCAUACAACAAUGAAAGAGAGGAGUGCCAGUACAGCCAUGACCUCUAUUCAGAGCACAACGUCGGCGUGCUGUGCCAACACAAACUGCUGGAACUGGACUGCAGUGAGCUGUGCAUUACACUUCUACAAAAUGACACCACACUACUGCCUUCAGUGUGCUCGGCAUAUAAUGAGGGCAGUGGUGAGUUUGGGAAGUGUCUUGAGGCAGGAACCUGUAAAAAACUCCAUUUCUGUGAGAACUACAUCAGAGGAAUAUGCGAUGGCAGCACUGGAUGCAGCAGAUGCCAUGAUUUAUACGAGCCUCAUCCGUUUAAAACACUGCAGGACCACGGAGUGUCCAAUGAGCUGAUGGGCAUUUUACUGUCAAUCUAUAAGAACAUGCUUACCAUUGCAGAUGCAAACAGACCCCGAAUUAACAGCAGUGCCGUAGCAGCAGAGGAAUGGAUAUGUCUUUUCCACUUACAUCAUUCCUGCAGUUUGGAAAAUACAUGUAGAAAUGUACAUUUCUACUUGCCUUAUAAGUGGGAGCAGAGGGAUGGGGACAGCUGGAAAGGUCUGCCUGAUAAUGAGGAAAUAGAAAGAGCGUUCUGUGAUCCCACGAAGACUCUCAGUGACAGCAGCGUACCUGUACACUUUGACACAAUGACUCGAGGUUCUGUAGAGGUGCGCCGUCUCUCUACUAUUUCAUCAGUUCUGGAUCCCAGCUUCGCCCUCACUACAAAAUGGAUCUGGUACUGGGACGAUGAAUAUGGGAACUGGAUCCAGUAUGGAACAUCACAAGAAACACACAAUAUAUCUUCCAUCACCAGUGAGUUCCUGGAGUGGAAAUACCAAGAAAACAGUAGUGCUAUCAUCACCUUCACUACAGCCGAACACUCUUACGAGGUCAAUAUGCAAGACAUGAUGCAGUACAACAAAAAGAGUAACACCAAAAUGCGAGUAAGGAGGAGACCGCUGUUUCUCUCAGCAGUAGACGUCCAAGACAUCAUAACAAGAGAAACGGAAUCCGAGGAUCAUUCGCAAAAUCCCCAAGCUUUGCCUUGUGACUCGGAUAAAGCCAAUAUGUCUGCAACUGGAUUCAAGAGGGUUGUCCUGAGCAGUGAUACAGAUGAAUAUAAGAAGAUCGUUGAGCGCUUUGAUCAGACAAUGUCAGAGUUUAACGUGACGAACGUUGAGAAGGUGCUGAACGCGGACUUAUGGGAGGAUUUUCAGAGGCAUGUCAAUGUCAUGAAACAAAAAAAUGUAGGCAAAGAAAAUGAAAUACUAUUGUUUCAUGGCACCGAGUCCAAACAGAUUGAUGUCAUCUGCCGGCAGGGCCCUGACCGGAGAAUUUGUGAAGCACAUGAGACAGCAUUUGGUAAAGCCCACCCUCUCUUGCCAAUCAACAGCACCACCAUGAAUUACUUGCGCCGACGUCUGUCCGACAGCAGCUUUGUAGCCAACUUGCCCAAUGGCUACAUGAUGGACUUGCAGAGGCCAUCGGGCUCCAGCGGUUCCAGCAGCUCCACCAGCUCCCCAGCAUCCCCGGCCAUGGAGAGGCGCCAGCAGCAGCCCGCAGCACCAGCCCCGUGUCCGCCUCCUCAACCCGCCUCCUCGGGCACAUUUCUCAGCUCUUUCUCCAGCGUGGUGAAGACCGCUCAGAUCGCCAGCGCCGUGCAGGCCAAAGCUGCUGCUCAUGGGGACAGCAGCACAGCAGCUGCAGCAGCCGCUGGCGCAGCUCUGGCCAAGACUGUAGUCCGCAAGCCCAAAGUACUGUUAGUCAUCGAUGAUGCACACACAGAUUGGGCAAAGUAUUUCAGAGGGAGGAAGCUGAACGGGGAAUAUGAGAUCCGCGUGGAACAGGCUGAGUUUUCAGAGAUCAACGUGGCAUCCACCGUCAGCACUGGCUGUGUGGUCGAUAUGCAGGUCACGCGAGGUGGCACCAAAGUUGUCAGGUCCUUCAAGCCAGAUUUCAUCCUGAUUCGCCAGCAUGCCUACAGCAUGACCCCGGGAGAAGACUUCAGAAGCCUUGUGAUUGGUCUGCAGUAUGGCAGUGUGCCAAGCAUCAACUCCCUGCAUGCCAUCUACAACUUCUGUAGCAAGCCCUGGGUUUUUGCUCAUAUGAUCAAACUCUACCAUGACUUGGGUCCAGAGAAAUUCCCACUGAACGAGCAGACUUUCUUCCCCAACCACACACAGAUGAUGCCCACUCCGACAUUUCCAGUUGUAGUAAAGAUGGGGCACGCCUAUGCAGGCAUGGGAAAGAUUAAGCUGGAGAAUUCGACCGACUUCCAGGACAUCACCAGCGUGGUGGCUCUCGCCAAAACGUACGCAACCGCAGAGCCUUUUGUCGACUCCAAGUACGACAUCCGGAUCCAGAAAAUUGGCAACAACUACAAAGCGUACAUGAGAACCUCCAUUUCAGGUAACUGGAAGGCCAACACCGGGUCUGCUAUGCUGGAGCAGAUCGCCAUGACAGAUAGGUAUCGUCUGUGGGUGGACUCGUGCGCUGAGAUGUUUGGAGGCUUGGAUAUCUGCGCUGUGAAGGCUGUACAUGGAAAAGAUGGCAAGGAUUAUAUUAUAGAGGUGAUGGAUAGCUCCAUGCCUCUGAUCGGCGAGCAUGUGGAGGAGGACAAGCAGCUCAUUGCUGAUCUGGUCCUCAACAAGAUGGCCUUUGCUCUGCUCGGGAUCACCUCUCCUCAGUCCUCCAAUGCCAAGGGACAGACACAGCCUGGUCCACAGACGACUCAGCCGAGACGAGCUCAAGCCACCGACACAACAAGACAAGGAGGUCCUCGCUCAGGUUCUGCCUCACCGUCUCAGUCUGCACAGGGAUCUCCACAGCGAGCUCGCUCUGCGAACACCUCUCCCAGUCAAGCCUUCCAGCCUGGCCCAAUCCCAGCAUCCUCCUCUCAGAAACAAGCACCACAGCUCAACAAAUCUCAAUCUCUCACAAACACCUUCACGGAGACACUGAGAGGAAACCCAGUGGACGACGAGGCCAAAGCUGAGACCAUCCGCAGCCUCCGCCAGUCCUUUGCCAGCCUGUUCUCCGACUAAUACGCUCGCUCACACACACACCAAGAUCUGCACUUUUGGAAUGAAGGUUGUUGUGAAGGUCAGUAGAGUCGAAGCGAAGUGGCUAACCUCACAACUGAGGAAGAGGUGCGUUAGCUCCAUGUCACUAGGACUGAGAUCACGUCUCAUUCUUUUCAAACCUGAUUCUUUGACCUCUUCCCUGAUUCUGAGAUUUUAAGAUUUGACUUCCCUUUAUUUAUUUAUUUUUUUUAUUUAUUUUUUUUUUUAAACCAUAACACUGAGAAGAUCCACAAAGUUUCCAACAUGAAAAUAACCACAAAAGCUCGUCUUGUAUGUCUAAUAUCUGUUAUUACAGUUUACUUCAGUGACUUGAGCGUUUGCAGCAGGGUUCACCGAUUCCAGUCGCGGAGGUUCGGAAUGACGUUCGAGCGAUUUCUCGGCUUUAAGCGGGUUUAAUCGGUGAGAUCGCCAGACUGCACCGGAUUGUGGAACUCUGCUUUACAAACUGCUUUGGUCUAAAAUCAGUAUCUUCCUGUGGACUCAUCAACGUGGUUGUAACUUGUAGUGUAACAGUAUGAAAAGUUUCUCCGAUACUCGUAUAACCCAAUAUCACAGCAUCACCUUCAUCUAACUAACAACUAAUUCAUCCGAACUAAUAAACUGCUUAGCAACAACAACAACAACAAAAAAAGAAAAAUCGGUAUUUCUGUCCUGUUUUAUAAAUGUAGCAUAUUUCAAGAGUCAUUUUUUUUUUCAAAUCUGUAACAGUGUAGCAUAACGUUAACAGCGUAACUGUUUCAAAUUUACCGUCUUAUGCUAUCAACGGCGCUUUAUGAUUGAAUUAGCGAUUGAAUUAGCGAGCAGUUACCGUGAUAUAAUCCUUCAAGCCCAUGACACAGUAUGUAUUACAUCAGGCAAUAUUCCACAUGUUUAUUUCCAAAUAUCGGGAUCAGUCUUCCAUUACAAAUGAAUCUUCCCUUUAUACGUGAAGUGUACUUGACAGUGUAAGUACUGUAAAUAGUAUUCUAUUUAUUGGGCAUUUCAUCUCCUUACUGGGAAUCUCUGACAUUGACUUUUGAGGGAAGAAUCUUCACAACAAACUAAGGAAAAGGUCAUCAUCAUAAUAAUAAUAAUAAUAAGAAGAAGAAUAACCUGUGAGUCCCAUUUGAAAGCCAUUAAAUCACUGACAUACUGAGGCCUUGAUUUACUAAGAUCCUAAAUACUGUGUGUUGGGGGAAAAGUGGACGUGUGAUUUAUAAAGAAUAAUUACGCGAAUUACAUUAGCUGUAGAAUAGGGGUAGAGAACAAUAUGGAUAUGAGGUGUUUGGAUUCGAUAGCCGUGACACGUGUUCACGUGUUUUAAGAGAAUCUCGCCAUGAGUCAGAGUGAAACCAAACAUCUCCACACAGGCGUAUUUCUGCAGUUCAAUUAAAGGCUUUGAGUUGCAUCAGAAAAUCAGUGUAAAUGCAAAAUAAAAGGGUGUGUCAUGGAGGCCUGAGAACAGGCCUCUCCAAAUUCAGGUUCCUACUCGGAACGCGGAACGUUUACACGACCGCUCGCAAUAGUAAAUACUGUGCAGUAAUAUCGGCACCCUUGGUAAAUAUGAGCAAAGAAGGCUGUGUAGAAAUUGUCUUUAUCUUUUAAACUUUUGAUGUUUUGUUUAAAAAAAAAAUUCACAGAAAUAUUCUGCUCUCAUGGAUAUGAAACAAUUGCAAACAGAACACUGGUUUAUCCGCCAAAAAAAUCUUUGUUAAAUAAAGGUGUGCAACAAUUAUUGGCACCCUUUUAGUCAAUACUUUGUGCUGCCUCCCUUUGAUAACAGCUCUGAGUCUUCUCCUAUAACGCCUGAUGAGGUUGGAGAAUACAUGGCGAGGGAUCUGAGAGCGUUCCUCCAUACAGAAUCUCUCCAGAUCCUUCACAUUUCCAGGUCCACGCUGGUGGACUCUCCUCUUCAGUUCACCACACAGGUGUUCUAUGGGGUUCAGGUCAGGGGACUGGGAUGGUCAGGGCAGGAUCUUGAUUUUGUGGUCAGUAAACCAUUUUUGUGUUGAUGUUGAUGAUGUUUUGGAUCAUUGUCCUGCUGGAAGAUCCAACCACGCCCCAUUUUAAUCUUUCUGUCAGAGGCAGUCAGGUUUUCAUUUAAUAUCUGUUGAUAUUUGAUGGAGUCCAUGAUGACAUGUAUCCUAACAAAAUGUCCAGGUCCUCUGGCAGAAAAACAGCCCCAAAACAUUAAAGAUCCUCCUCCAUAUUUAACCGUGGGCAUGAGGUACUUUUCCAUACGGCUACCUCUCUGUGUGCGCCAAAACCUCCUCUGUGUUUAUUACCAAAAAGCUCUGUUUCGGUUUCACCUGACCGUAGACCCCGAUCCCAUUUGAAGUUCCAGUAGUGUCUGGAAAACUGAACACGCUCGAGUUUGUUUAUGGACGAGAGUAGACUCUUUUUUCCCCAGUGUUUUGUUUGCAAUCGUUUGAUAUCCAUGAGAGCAGAGUAUUUUCGUGAAUUUUUUGAAGAAAAGAUCAAAAGGUUAAACAAUAAAAGAGAAUUUUUCACAGCCUUCUUUGCUCAUAUUUACCAAGGGUACCAAUAUUAGUGGAGGUCUCCGUAAGUAAGUAAAUAAAACACUUCGACACCUUAAAUGACUUUUAAACAGAAAUAUCCUAUCGCAUAUUCAUUAAGGGGGGAAAAGAUGCACAUACAGAGAACAUUUUUGUUCAUGUACAAGAUACAGUUCUCCAAAAGCCCUAUAAGUAAAUCAGCCUUCACUGUUUUUUCUGUUUUUUUUAUGGGUGUUAUAAAGUUUGCACAGGGUUUUACACACACACACACACACACACACACAUAUCUUUAGUAAAUCGGGGCCUAAGUCUUUUGGGGGUUUUUUAAGCGAAAAAGAUCAUCCUUACAGAAUAUCCAAGGUGUCAUGUUGGUCUCUCUCAGUGUUUUGUUUCAUUUUCAAGUAUUUCGUGACCAUGAAAAUAUUAUGUUGCCUGUUAAUAUAAGUAGCUGGGUUUAUUUGACUUGUGGACCAAAUUCUGUGUUCAUGUUAAAAAAAAUAAAAAAAUGAAUUAAAAUAAAAAAAAAAAGAGAGGAAGGAAAAAAAACCUCAAGCUUUGCAGUGAUGCUAACUGGUUUACUCGUUUUCGUUCUUUCUUUCUUUCUUUUUUUCUUUUGAGAGAAUGCCUAAUGUCAGUGUGACGUAUCGGUUUCCUCUAGAAUCUACACGCACAUUAUGUAGUGCACUGAAAAGCCAUAAAAUAGAAAAGAGGAUCCGUUUCAUGUUUUGGUGAUUUUAACCGGUCUUUGUUACCUGUUUAUAUUUUAGCCGCACACCGCUAAGUUUCAUUUCUUAUCUAUCCGAUAUAAUAACAGAAGACGUGUUCAUAUGUGCAUUAUAUGUCUGUACACGCCAGUCUCCCAGUCAGCUGGCGGAGUAAUAAUCCUGUAUUCAGAGCUAGUCCAAGCAAUCGAAUGAUCUGUUGACUAGAACUUCGGCGUGGUCUUAUGUAUCGUAUUCUUUCUUUUCCUUGGAAUUACCUGAACUGUGUAACUAAUCUAUAAAAACAUCCAGUGCAUUUCUGUAUGCGUGUUAAUUCAUGAUUAUUUAUUUCUUUGUUAUUUUUAUCCGGUGUAUCAAAACUACAAAGUUAUAUAUUUAUGUAUGUAUGUAUGUAUGUAUUUAUUUAUUUAUUUAUUUAUAUUUAUAUGACAUUUUAUUUGAUCCCCUGUAUAUUAAGCGGAACGAUGUUCUUUACGAAGCAUGCCUUGAUUUCUACAGUAUUCUACCCGAGUGUUUGACAUAUCUGAGCAUCAAUCGAUGAGGUGAUUAGCUUUAAAAAAAAAAAAAAAACAACAACAACAAAAAACAAAACAAACAACUGAGGCAUAGCUGUUGAUGAUCACCUGACUUGCAGUCGCUAUAGGCUACCUCACGGCUCGCAUCUCUCGCAGUGCAAACGCCUCAUCCGUUAAAAAUUAUGCAGUCGAAGCCAGCGCUCGGAGAACGUGUGAAACCCGCUGCGUACGUACAGUAGCUGUAGGUCCGUUUUCUUUUCCACCUCCCCUCCUAGAGGACGUUAGGUCAGUGGUUUUUUUCUUUUGUUUCAAGUCAGACAGACGGAUGUGGGUCGCAACACAGCAACUACGGCGACGUGGAAUUGACAACGACGAAGCAAAACCAGCUGAUCGCCAAGCAAUCGCUGUCUCAUACAGUGUUUUCCGGCAUCCUAAAAUAUACACACGACAAUAUACACACGCAGGAACGACACACGUGCAGAAAAACGCAUUACAAGAAUACGAACACAUCUCUAUGGUUGUCAUAUUGCAGUGAGUUAUGCAGUGUAGUGUUUUUCUCUAAAGUAAAUGUGGCAUGAUUAGGACUCCUUUCUCUCUCUCUGGUGCCUCUGUAGUGAACGUUACUCAUGUAGAUCAGUGUUUCUGAAUGCUUUGUGUAUAGUGUGUAUCAUUCUACAUGUGUUUUAAUGUCACACGUGCCAUUUUUUGGUACUGUUUGGGUUCUAUAUUUUGGUUAAUGGAAAUGCUAUUAAAGUGUUUAAUAAAA